AUGUCAACUCUUACUGGCUUCUUUGCAUAUUGUGUUGCCGGUGAAGAUGAAUGUCCAUUCACUUAUCAAGAAUUUCCACAGCAUUUUGUUUGGCUCAAGUCGGAAAAGAGAUGGAAAUCAAGAGAAAUGGGAUAUGAAAUUGGUAGAAUGUACUUUGCCAACCCUAAUUGUGGUGAAAGAUUUUAUCUAUGCAAAUGUUUAAUUGACUUCCCACUCAUGCCACAACCUACUGCAAAUUGGAGUGCAGUAGUUGGUAAUCGAUUGAUAUUUGAACAUCAACAAUUGCAGAAUGAGGCACAACAGGCAGAUCCACAAAUUACUAUCGAUUGUCUCAACAAUGGACAGCGGAAUGCUUAUAACACAAUCACUUCUUCAAUUUUUCAAAAUAAAGGAACUGUUUUCUUUCUUAAUGGGGUGCUGGAACAGGGAAAACAUUUAUGUCAUACUACACAUUCAACAUUUUCCAUUCCGUUAGAUGUCUUGGAAAAUUUACUUUGUGGGUUUACCAAACAAUCAUUACAAGCUGAGUUGUUUAGAGAAACAAAACUCAUAAUUUGGGAUGAAGUUCUUAUGCAACAUAGACUUUGCGUUGAGACGGUUGAUCGUACAUUGAGCGAUAUUCGUGAUAAUGAAAAGCCAUUUGGGGGUAUUACUGUUGUUCUUGGUGGAGACUUUCAACAAAUCUUACCAAUUAUACCCAAAGGAGUUCGUGAGCAAAUUGUGAAUGCAUCAUUAAGACACUCUAUUAUAUGGAAGCGUAUACAUAUCUUAACUUUGGAUUUGAAUAUGUGCUUGCAUCAUGGAGACCAUGAAAAUGCUAUUUUUGCAAAUUUCUUGAUGGAUGUAACACUACUUUAA